AUGACAUCAAUGUAUUUUUCAGGGAAGAAUAGCAAUGAUAUCUUCUUUGAUGACCCUGAUAAUCAAUGCAUCCAGAUAUAUCCAUCCUUAUUUAUUGAACUUGUGUCUGAUGGCGAACAAAACACAAGGGUCUUUUUAGACACCCCACUUUUGAAAAUCAGGGAUUUGAACCAGCCUGAAGCAUUGCCUGUCCCAAAACAUAUAAUUGAUAAGUAUUCAGUAUCGGUUUCAAUUGGUAGUACUCCCGAUUUACCAGUCCUUUAUUAUAUCACUAAUGCGAUGGUAAAAGCUGAAUUUCGAGAAAUCAGUAGUGAUGAAUUCAAGAGAAGCUUCCUUGAACCAUUUGAAAUGACUAUUAGGGGGACGAAUUUCAUUCAGAGGCAGUUGCUAAAUGCUUAUGAAUACCCGAGAGCACCAUCAAAUAAUGAAGAAUGUAUCCAAAAAUACUUUAAUGGGCGAAUAUUGACGCCAAUAGAAAACGUUUACAAGUACACAUACGGUCAACAUCAUGUAUUUGGAGGACCUCUGAUUAUAAAGCCAUCUUUUACUGAUGUAAAUAAUUUACAUUUCAAGCCUGAUAUAAUUCAUUUCCUGACGAAUAAACUGGCUUCGUUGCAUGAAUUUCCUAAUAUUUAUUUUGGGUUGGGUGAUUACAAAAUAGAAAGCUAUUAUUUAUCGCAAGGAUUUGAAGAAUUGAAAGGAGCGAUUAGUCUCUUCAAGAAGAGAUUAUCAAGUACUAGGUUAUUGAGGAAGGCACCUCUUGUUUUUGAAAAUGAAGCAGAGUGGUCUCCGGGGGUGGUGUUUGCAUUAGUACUACGGAAAUAUUU